AUGUCACUUUAUACCAGUAAUGCAAAUACCAGUUUCAGUAGCUUUAUCGCAGUAAAUGAAAAUAUACCUAGUACUGAUGCGGUUCCAAAAAGAAUGUCAGACUGCAUCUAUUAUCGAAACUUGUGGUGGGAAAAGGGAGAAUUUAAUGAAAAAGCGAGAUGGGAUGAAGUAACACUACCAUAUGUACUUGCUACGGGCAUCAUCAUAGAAGAUUAUGAAGAACGUGCAGAAAAAUUUAACAUUCACGGAUGCUGGGAAUGGUCAAAUGGAGCAGUAAUAAUCUAUGAACUUCCCUCUAUGCAACACGAAGUUUGCAUCGGUGCAAUCGUUAAGGAAAUAAUUAAACGUUGCAGUGAUGCUGAUGGAACUAACGCAGAGAUUUAUAGUUUAGGUGCUACUAGAACACGUGACAGAAACCGUGGAAAAGAAGCCGAUGAAUCGUUUCGUCCGAUAAAACCAGCCGUAACUGCACCAAAUGGGUGCGAUGGAAAUGAUCGCCCUUGGCCAAAUUUGGUCGUGGAAGUAGCCUAUACUGAAACAUUAGAUCACGCUGAAGAAGCUUUGAAAUAUUGGUUAAGUCCUGGUCGCGCCCACGAUUGUAUUAUUGUAAAAAUCGAUCCGGUUCCCCAAAGCCAAGUACCGGUCCGUAUGAAGGCUUGGCAUUACUGUGUCUCAGCAGGUAGAGGAACGAGAAAUACAGUUCCUCUUGUAACUACGUUUGAAUUUGGAACCCAAGAUGGCACUGGAGCUCCAUUAAAUAUUUUGCAAGGUCAAUGCGUCAUUAACAUAUCAUUACGCUGUCUUUACCAUGAUUUGAAGCCUCCUGCCCAAAUCCCUCAAAAUCUUAAUGAUCCCGUCCAACUGGACUUUUACUUUGUUCAACGUGCAAUCACACAAACAUUUAACAUUCACUAG